UAAAAAUUAUGUCUAAACCUCUAACUUCAACAUUAAUUGCUUAGAAAGCUAAAACUGAAGCUUUAUACAGCAUUAAAUCAUUGAACUUAUGGGGAAAUGAUUUAGAUGAUAUCUCAAUAAUUGAACGACUCCCUAAUCUUGAAGUUCUUUCUUUGUCUGUUAAUAGGAUUACUACUUUAGCUGAUAUCGCAAAAUGUAAAAAUAUCAAAGAACUGUAUUUGAGGAAAAACAAUAUAUCAAAUAUAACAGAAUUACAAUUCUUAUAAUAAUUACCUAAAUUGAAAGUUUUAUGGCUUCAAGGUAAAAUUUAAUCAAACAUUAGAAAAUCCUAUUGCCGAUCAUCCUAAUUAUAGAGAUGCUGUAAUUUCCAAUUCAUAAACACUUGAAAAAUUGGAUGAUGUUAUCAUUAACCAACAAGAUAGGGCAAACGCAUAAUAAUAAUUGUAAUAUGGAAUUUCAUAAAGUCCACCAACAAAGACAUCAAAAGUAGAUGAAUAAAUGCUACAAUUCGUAGAAGUUAUUAAACCUAAUCAAAAUUCUCCAAAUAAUGGGGGAGGAAGAUAUUCUAAUUAAAGAGAAUAAUUACCAAAUCAAUAAAGAUAAUCAUAAUAGCAAAUUCAACAAAAUCAUUAGUAAUAAUAACAGUAACUAAUUUAUUAAUAACAAUAAUAAUAAAUAUAAAGAGAAAGAGAAAAACAAUAAUAAUAAUAAUAUUUGUAACAAUAACAAUAUCAAUAAUCAAUUUAACAAUAACAAUAAUCACAAUUAUUACAAUAAUAGUAACAAUAAUAAUAAUACUAAAGACAAAUGGUAUAAUAAGAUUAUGAGGAUGAAAGAAAUUCAAAUAUUUUAUGUGCCAUACUAUCACUUUUAAAAGAAUUAGACAAACCAACAUUAGAAGUAGUUUUAAAAGAAGUAUAUGAUAAAUUAUAAUAAUAUUAAGAGUGA